UACGUAAUAUACCAUUGGAGAGAGGCGUAAAGCCAAAUAAACGACACCGUUUUUAAUUGAAAAAUACAUAUUUGGGGGUGGGUCUCACAAAUUUCACCAAACACAUUUUAAUAACAAAAAAAAAAAAAUUGAAGAAGAAACUGAAAGCAAGAAACAACAAUGGCGGCAAAUUCAAACUCCAAACGACACAAAGCAGAAGAACAAAACGACGGAAUUGACAGAAUAAGCAGUCUACCAAACUCCUUACUAUGUUACAUUCUAUCCUUCCUACCAACCAAAACCUGCGUUUCUACUAUGACUCUCGUCUCUCGCAGAUUUCGCAACCUCUGGAAGGAUCUCCAAACUUUCGAUUUCUGUGACAACUACGGUUUCGAAGGAUACGAAAAUGAAGACUACGACGACGAAAAUAUCAAAGAGUUCAUGCUCUUCGCAAUUUUCGUUAACGCCGUUCUCGCUCUCCGUAGGUCACGUGACAUUCGGAAAAUGAGUCUCUCUUGCAUUCACCACCAACGAACAACUGUUGCUUAUUCAGUUAACACGUGGAUACGAACCGCCAUUGGACCCCACCUUGAGGAAUUUCGUCUCAUCGUAUGUUGCAUAGACGGACUUAGCUUCAACCUUCCUCUCACUCUCCUCUCUUGUGCUAACCUCGUCUCUCUUUGUCUUGGUGGUGAUAUCUUGUUUCAAUUGCAAGACUCUUCUGGGAUUUGUUUACACUCACUGAAGGUACUGCAACUACUAGAGAUCCAUCACUUGGAUGUGAAUUCCGUACAUAUUCUUUUCUCUGGCUGCCCCAUUCUCGAAAAUCUGGAACUUUCGUUUUUUCCCGAAUCUUUUGCCAGACUUUGUGUGCCAUCUUACUUGAAGAGGUUGAUAAUCUCUGUUGAGAAUCAGGUUGAGGCUUGCCUUGAAAUAAACGCGCCGGGUCCCAAGCACCUUAGUCUCACCAAUAUCACAUUUGGCAAUGCCGUUGGCAACUUGUACAACUUGGAAGAAGCAUAUCUUGGUGUAGAUUCCUCUCCUAAAAGUGAAUCUGUUGACCCUUUACUCAAUCUCCUCCGACCUCUAUCUGGAGUUAAACGUCUAGAGCUGCAUUGUUCAACAACAGAGUGGCUAUUUGAUGCCCCUUUUUUACAUAUUCCAGAAUUUUGCCAUUUGUUUCAUCUAGAGGUCUUUCUUCCCUCUUUCAACUUGAAGUUUCUGUUUGACACGCUUGAGAAAUGUCCUAUGCUUCAAACUCUCAUGAUUAACCACCGCAAGGAUCACUCGUUAGUCACUGAUGAUUCAUCACAUUCAUAUGGAUGGUUGGUAAAGCCUAAAACUGUUCCUAAGUGUCUCGUAUUCCACUUGACCUUUAUUCACUUUAGAGCAUAUCAAGGAAAUAUACACGAGUUGGAAUUUACUAGCUAUGUUUUGCAAAAUGGACUUGUUUUGAAGACAAUGCUUAUUUGUGAUUCUUGGUUGAAACAACCAAAGAAGUGGAAGGAAAUAAUUUCUGAUAUACCAAGGGGAUCUGCCAUGUGCCAACUUGAAUUUUACUGAGAUGUAUCACCUUCAGUGUGCUUUGCGGCUUCACUAAGAAGAUGACAAUGGCAGCAAAACUUAUGAAAAUGUAUUUUUCAUUUCAGCAAGUUCACAACUCUCUGGCAGUGACAGCUACUAUGAUUUUUGGGUAGACUAAAAUCAACACAUGGUAAAGAAAAGGUAAGAGUUCAUAUGAUGACAUGGACAACGUAUAGAUUGUAUUUGCUUCACAUUGUUUUUGCAUAUGGAACAAAAGUACAACUAAAUCUCACCCUUGAUCACCCAAGCUCAAGUGUAAAAUGUGUAAAAAAUGGUUAAAAAUCGUUUUAGUUCUAUAAAAUUGGCAUAUUUUCUUUUA